GCUGCCAGCCACAUAGUCUAAGUCUUGGGUUUCAUUCGUUGUUAAUUCCCCCAGAGCUCCAGUCAUGGAAGAACAAGAUCAGACAGACCCUGGGUUCCAUCCGGACAAUGGGAAAAUUGACAUGUCUCUGGAUGAUAUAAUAAAGCUUCAACAUGAAGAAACAGAUACCCAGCCCAUGGACAUCCAAACAAGUCUAAGGGACAAAGCCAGAAACUUCACAAACAGAGUUGGUUUUAGAAGAAAGCCAAGAAAUCAGCAGGGAUCCAACAGGCCUAAAUUUGGUUUUGGAAUCAUUCCUAAAUAUAACCAAGCUGGCCCAAUGACAAGGAAAAGAGCAGCAAACAUAAACAGAUCAAGGACAACGAACCAGCAGAAUUCAAAUGCAAAGAAUACUCAAAACAGAUCUCAAACCCAAGUGAGACGCCCACAGCAACAAAAAUAUUUCAGGCCUGCAGUCACCCUAGUGCAAGAUUUGACAAAGAGAGUCAAUGUUCAAAACAGAAGGACACAGUUUAACACAGGCCAAAGAAGACAAAGAUUGGGUACACCCAACCUAAACAGAAGAUUAACACAACAAAUCACACUAAAUCCUGGAAAGAGGAUGCCUAAUGCAAGGAGUAGAUGGCAGAUGGAUAACGGAUUUGGAUCAACAUUGACAGUUUCUGUUCCGAACCAGCAAGCAAAACAAGUCAAAUUACCUAACAGACCAGGAAUGACACGUACCAGUUUGAGAUUCAGAAAACCAGCUGUGCAAUCCAAAGCUCCUUUACCGAAAGGAGUCCCACUGAGAUUCAACUUCCGAGCAAUGGCUAAUCAUACCAGUGUCACACUCAAUGAAAGAUUCUCCUCUUUGAAAAUUAAAGGACAGUUUGCAACAUUAAGAAGAAGUGGAGAAAGAACCGUCUUGCUUGCGUAGAGAGUUAUCAAGUAAUGCAAUGCUCUUAACAGAAUAGGACUGUUUUAUACCCAAACAAUGAUGUGAAAAGCAAUUUGAAAAUCACAGUUAAUUUGUCACCAGAAACACAAAAUAAUGAGGUGAAAUAAAAACUGGUAUGAAAAUGAA